AUGGCGAACUUGUACGUGCGGGCGGCGCCGACGACGGAUCUGAAUCGGAACACGGAGUGGUUCACGUACCCCGGUGUGUGGACCACCUACAUCCUCAUAUUGUUCUUCUCGUGGCUGGUCGUGCUUUCCGUCUUCGGCUGUUCUCCGGGCAUGGCGUGGACGAUCGUCCAUCUCUCUCAUUUCGUUGUCACAUAUCACUUCUUUCACUGGAAGAAAGGAACACCUUUUGCAGAUGAUCAGGGUAUUUACAAUAGAUUGACUUGGUGGGAGCAGAUAGACAGCGGCAAGCAGCUCACACGCAACAGGAAGUUUUUGACUGUUGUACCAGUGGUGCUGUACUUGAUUGCAUCACACACUACAGAUUAUCAGCAUCCUAUGCUGUUUUUGAAUACAUUUGCCGUUUUUGUUCUUGUCGUGGCUAAGUUUCCGCAUAUGCACAAAGUUCGUAUAUUUGGAAUCAAUGCCGAUCAGUGA